AGUUCCCUCCCAGUUUGUCCCAGUUCCCUCCCAGUCCCCGAGCUCUCGCGAUGUUUCCUCCUCCCGCCCGCUCCGGGCUCCCCUCCCGUGGGAGAAGAUGACGUCAGGAGGCGGGGGCGGAAGUGACGUCAGGAGCCAGGAAGCGGCGGCGGCAGCGCGGGAGGCGCGAUGAACCUGGAGCGCGUCUCCAAUGAGGAGAAGCUGGAGCUGUGCCGGAAAUAUUACCUGGGUGUAUUUUACCUGUCCCAGGUGUAUCUCAGGUGUGUCCAGGUGUAUUUUACCUGUCCCAGGUGGGUUCCUGCUGUUGCCGUUCCUGUGGUUGGUGAACGUGCUCUGGUUUUCAGGUGUUGUUCACCUGUCCAGGUGUGUCCAGGUGUAUCCAGGUGUUGUUUACCUGUCUGGCUGUUGUUGUUUACCUGUCCCCAGGUGUGUCCAGGUGUUGUUUACCUGUCCCCAGGUGGGUUCAGAUGUUGUUUACCUGUCCAGGUGUAUUUUACCUGUCCCCAGGUGGGUUCAGGUGUAUUUUACCUGUCCAGGUGUAUUUUACCUGUCCCAGGUGUAUCUCAGGUGUAUCCAGGUGUAUUUUACCUGUCCAGGUGUAUUUUACCUGUCCAGGUGUAUUUUACCUGUCCCAGGUGGGUUCCUGCUGUUGCCGUUCCUGUGGUUGGUGAACGUGCUCUGGUUUUCAGGUGUUGUUUACCUGUCCAGGUGUCCCCAGGUGUAUCUCAGGUGUAUCUCAGGUGUAUCCAGGUGUAUCUCAGGUGUAUCCAGGUGUAUCCAGGUGUAUUUUACCUGUCCAGGUGUAUUUUACCUGUCCCCAGGUGGGUUCCUGCUGCUGCCGUUCCUGUGGUUGGUGAACGUGCUCUGGUUUUCAGGUGUUGUUCACCUGUCCAGGUGUAUCUCAGGUGUAUCCAGGUGUUGUUUACCUGUCUCCAGGUAGGUUCAGGUGUAUUUUACCUGUCCCCAGGUGGGUUCCUGCUGUUGCCGUUCCUGUGGUUGGUGAACGUGCUCUGGUUUUUCCGGGAGGCGUUCCUGGCCCCGCCCUUCGGGGAACAGCCGCGCAUCAAACGCUACGUGCUGCGCUCGGCCGUGGGGGCGGCGCUCUGGGGGCUGGGCCUGGGCGUGUGGGUGGGGCUGUUCCAGAGCCGCCGCAGCCAAUGGGGAGCGCUGGGCGACGCCCUCAGCUUCACCCAGCCAAUGGGAGAGCCCUGAGCCGGGGCGGGGCCGCCAGCGGCCAAUGGGAGAGCAGAGAGCAGUGAUGACGUCAUCACCAUGGGAAGCUCCGCCCCUUUUCCCAAAUAAAGGCAUCGACCACACCCAGAUAUG